AUGGCGUACCAAGCGGCAGGAACAGAUAAUAUUCUUCUUGUAACCGAUUCUUACAAGGUUACACAUCAUAUGCAAUAUCCACCAAAUACUACAAAUGUGUACUCCUACUUUGAAAGUCGUGGCGGGAAGUUUGAGAAAACCGUCUUCUUCGGUCUACAGUACAUCAUCAAGCGAUGGUUGUGUGGUAAGGUUGUUACGGAAGAGAAAAUCCAGGAAGCAAAGGAGUUAUACCAUAAACACUUUAUGAAAGAUCAUUUUAAUGUUGAUGGAUGGAGAUAUAUUUUAGAGACAUACGACGGUCAUCUACCAAUAAGGAUUAAAUCUGUACCCGAAGGAAUGGUCGUCCCAUAUAAAAAUGUUCUGUUCACAGUAGAAAAUACAGAUCCUAAAUGCCAUUGGCUAACAAAUUACUUUGAGACACUGUUGGUUCAGGUCUGGUACCCGAUGACUGUUGCCACCAACUCUAGGUACCAGAAAGAGAUCAUUGCCAAAUACCUUGAUGAAACUGCUGAAACUCUCGAGAAACUGCCAUUUAUGUUACAUGACUUUGGUUUCAGAGGAUCGUCUUCUGUAGAGUCUGCAGGUAUCGGAGGGUGUUCACAUUUAGUAAACUUUAUGGGCACAGAUACGAUAGCUGGGAUUACUACGGCCAGAAGAUAUUACGGUUGUGACAUCGCUGGAUUCUCUAUACCAGCUGCUGAACACAGCACUAUUACUACUUGGGGUAAAGAUGGUGAAGUUGAAGCAUUCCGCAAUAUGUUGACAAGAUUUCCUGAUGGUUUGGUAGCCUGUGUAAGUGACAGUUACAACAUCUGGGAUGCCUGUGAGAAAGUUUGGGGAGGUAAACUGAAGAGCUUGGUUGAACAGCGAAAAAAUGGUUCCCUGGUGGUGCGCCCCGAUUCUGGUGACCCUCCAACCGUUGUUGUUCAGGUUUUAGAUAUACUAGCGAAAUGUUUCGGAAAGUCGCUGAACAAGAAGGGUUACUAUUUAUUGCCGCCAUAUAUUCGUGUGAUACAAGGAGAUGGGAUAAGUUACGAGACUUUGGGAGCUAUCUUAGAGAACAUGAAAAUAAAUAAAUGGAGCGCAGAGAAUCUUGCCUUUGGAAGUGGUGGAGCAUUGCUGCAAAGAUUGGAUAGGGAUACACAGAAAUGUGCUUUUAAAUGCAGUUACGCAGUGUGUAAUGGAAAAGAGGUGAACGUCUACAAAGCUCCAAUUACUGAUCCUGGUAAGAAGAGCAAGAAAGGACGUCUGACAUUAGAGAAGACGAAGGAUGGGAAUUUUGUCACUGUAGAAGAAGGGGCAGGAGAUGUCAAAAAGGAUAUUCUAGAAACUGUAUUUGAGAAUGGUAAAUUGUUAAAAGACUUCUCAUUUGAUGAAGUUAGAGCUAACGCCGAGAUUGACCUAGUUAACCAGAGAAAGAAAGAAAAGUCGGACAGUCAAUAACAAGCUAUAUAAUGAUGCCUCGAUAGCUUGAUAGUAACAUCACACUCAUGUAGAGAUCAACAGAUUGUAUGCCAGAAAUUGUGAACAAGUUAUGAAUGAAUGAAGAAAAAACUACCAUCUUGAAACAUGCCCUAUUCAAUGUGAAACAAUAUCAAAACAUAUCACUUUUGGAUGCAAAAUUUUUCAUGCUUUUAGAACAAGUACAACAAAAGGGAAAACGUUUUACCCUUUCAGGAUGAAAUUCUUAAGUUAGAUUUCUGAAAAUAAUUUCUAUUCAAAUACAUAUAUAUUGUAACUGUUGCUUUUAUGCUUUUAUGAACUUUGAAAAAUAUGGUAUACAUCUCGAAGCGAUCUAGAAAAAGUAACUGUUUGUGGUGUCCAAAAUUCAUUUAUACUGUAAAAUAAGUAAUUUUUGUGGUGUCAAAAUUGUGUUAAAUCAACAUUUUUGAUUUAUUGACAAGGUCAAAUAUUGGCAAAUUUCUACUUACAGUUCAGUUAAAUUAAUAUGAAAUAUAAAUACCAAUCAAACACUAAUAUGAAACAUAAAUACCUAUCAACACUUUUUUUGCAACUUCAGUUUGUGAAUUUAGCAAAUUUUAAUCCCUUACGAAAAUUUCUUAUUUUACCAUAUCGGCAAGUUAAGUAAAAAAUAUCUUUGUUCAGGUUAAAAAGCAAAAUUAAUGUCUUCAAAAUAAUGAAAGUAAUUAAAAUUCAAAAUUAAAGAGUUGUUACAAAUGUUUAAGAGAAUAAUAAGGAAAAAAUGUUUGUUUCUUAUUAUAGUAACACGUGAAUAGUAAUUGUAGUAUAAAGAAUUUUAUUGUAUGAAUAAACUUGUAUGAAUAAUCUAGUACUGCUAUGAUACUGACCAGUAUACAGACACUACUGUUGUUGUACAUGUCAGUUUGUUGUUAUGGUAUGUAGAAAACAUGUUGUAAUAUUUUGUUGUCUUUUUUGAAAAAAAAAUUCUUGAACAGUGAGUGAAGAAUAUAGUUAUUGUCAUUAACAAGAGCCAAUGUUAUAUAAAUUGAAUUUGAAAACCAGUCUUAAAUUCUAGCAGCUGAUUGGCUAAUUUUUGAAUUUUGAAUUGAAAUUGGCCAAUAGUAGAGCUGCAUUAAGAGACUGGUUUCCAAUUUUAGUAAUGCAGUCUUGCUGCAAGCACUUUUGUGAAGAUCUCUUUCAGGACCAACUACAUAAGAGCACCAUGCCUUUGUGAGUAUGAGUAAAUGCCUAUGAAUCAUAAAUUGUUUUAUUUACAAAUAAAAAGCCAUAUAUUUAUAAAUUCAUAUACAUGUACAUGUAUUAUGAUAUAUUUUCAAACGCAUAUAUGUGUCAUUCUUUUCAUUGUACGGACUUGUGGUUUUGCACUUCCUUGGAGAUUCUGCUACUAUCAGGGACAUCUAGAGAUAAGAAUUUGUCAUUUGUUACACUCCAAAUAAAUUUCUAUAUUGAUCUUAAAUAUGACCAGUUGUUUUUUCUAAAAGCCUUCUGUGAAGAAAGGCCAAUAAAAUAAAAAUCUGUCAAUAAUGCUUACCAUUUAAGGUUCUUUUUUGUUGAACGAAUGAGGAAAAUUGCCUGUGUUUAGACAAUUUUGUCCAUGUGCGUAGCAUAAUAUUGAGAGCAUGUGAUUUGUUGCUGUCACUUGCAGAGAAAUUGGCGAUUACUGGUCAGUUAUCCAGGAAAGCCAAUUAGGCGGACCCACGGCCAAGAUAUAACAACAAGCCUCAAACAAGCUUUUAAAUUCAAAGUAAUUUUAUUUUGUUAAGCAUAUUUGUGGUGAAAAGUGUAUUUUUUGUAUAUUUGCUCUAAAGUCCUCCUACCAUUGCAUUGAAAAUUCCCUGCCAUUGUUAUCAUUCUACACUUAAACAUUGUCAGAUAGAUAUUGCUGGAUGUAGCAGCAAGUCUCCAGAUGUGUGUAAAAUAAAUCUUCGAAAAAAUCACUUUGAGAAAAAUAUUAUUUACAGUCUUACAAAUGUCAAUCUAAUUAAAAUCAUAAAAUCAUGAUUGUCGCUCCACUACACUUUGCUUACAGUAACGGAGCGAAAAACGAUGAUCUGAUUUUAAUGAGAUUGAAGAAAUGUUUGACAAAUAUUCAAAAUUCAGGCAAAACUUCGACUGUAUUAUCUAAAAUAUUUGACAGAAUUUUGUAUUUUUAUCACCAGAUUUUUUCCUGUCACUAAUGUCCCGACACACAUCUGGAGUUGUGUUGUUUCACGUCUUUUUAUCAUAUGCUCAAAAUAUGGCAGCACCCUGUAGUUCACAUGUCCAAACCUUGCAAUAUGCCAUUAUAGAUAUUAUAUUGCCCCCCUUUUUAAUCAUAAACUGUACAUUUAUAUAUCACUUGCAUGUGUGUAUACACGCCAUUAGUACGAUGCCUGAAGAAAAUAUUGUUUUCAUUCUUACAUUACCAAUUACCAUGAAGAAAAUUGAACAUCUAGAAAGUAAAAUGUAAAGGCUUUAUAGCUUGAAUAUUACAUUGUUUUAAAUCGUUAGAUGUUAGUUUAAACCUUUUUACAAGGUUGACAGGGUCUUUUUUAGAUGGAUUAUUUAUAUACAGUAGAACUUCUAUGUGUCCAACUUUGAUUAGAAGAUUUUUUUUGUUAUGCCUUUUGUAACUCACUGGUAAAUGUUGAUGGCGUGAGAUUUUGUCAUUGAGAUGAGACCUGAAUUCAUAAGUCGAAGGCCUGAUGUCAGCAAGUACCUUCAACUUUGAAUUUACAAAGUUCUACUUUAUAUAUUAUGUUAGUUAUCUACUUUAUGUUUUCUUAUUACCUUAGUUAUGAGUAUCUUUUUUUUUUUUAACUAAUUUACCUGAAAUACAUUUAUAGCACAGUUUAAAGGCACAUUAUGCCUCGGAAACUAAUUUAUUUUACUUCUUUCGUAAAGGCAAACAUAAAUUUUGUAAUGUUUAAAUCACGGUUUUAGAGAAUGUUAAAUGCUUGUUACCUGAAGAAAUUAGUGAUAAAUGUGAAAUAAUUUGUCAAUAAAGUAGCAAAAUGUAAACAAAGUAGUAUUUUGACUUCCGUGCAAAAAUACUAAAUCACUAAAAUGUACUUUAAUUGCCAUAAAGCAACAGAAUAAAAGUUCACCAACAUUAAAAGGCUUUUGAUAAAUAGAAAUAAAAGAAUGUAUGAGGCAUAAUGGGCCUUUAUUUGAUUUUUGAGGUUAAAUAACUCCUGUGCUUUUUUUUCCAAGUAUAACAUUCCUGAAAUGAAAAAUUAUUCAUGAAUGGGUAAAGACUUGUAAUUUUUGGAUAUAUGUUACUCUAAUUUUUAUUGUUAGUUUAAUAAAAGAAGGAACUGUAACUGCGAAAGUCAAGUACAUAAAUUUUUAUGGUAAAGAAAAUUUACUAUGAAAGCAAGGAAAAUUUACUAUUAAAGUAAAGAAAAUUAACUAAAAAGUGAAGAAUAUUAUGAAAACAAUAAAAAUUAACAAAGAAAAUGAAAACAUUGACUAAAAUUGACAGUAAAUAUAUUAAUCAACAUUUACUAUGAAAGUAAAAAUAUUAACUAACAUUAACUAUGAAAGUAACAACAUUAACAAAUAUUAUAUAUGAAAGUAAAGGGGAAAAACUAUGCAGAGUUAUGUUUUGUUUUUGUUCUGUCAACUUAUAUCUAUUUUUUAUCUAUCAGUUAACUAUCACGUAAUCUGAGAGGUCUGGUGUGCAGGAAUAUAUUGUUGUUUUGAAUAUAUAUUUUUGUGAAGUCCUACAAACAUAGCCGUAUUUCUUAGCCACAGAAAUAGUAUCAAAAUUCUUCCAUCUUCUAAUUAAUAUGAUAGCCUAUUUAUUGUAUAUAUUUGGUAAUUUAUAGUAAUAUAUAUAUAUAUGUGUGUGUAUUUUAAUAACUGAUCAUAUUUAAGGCACAUUGUGCCUGUUAAAUAAAUACAUUUUUUCCUAGUUGAAAAGGACAAGUAUGUGUUAAUAAUGUUUUUAAAAAAAAACUUGAAAGUGUACAAAAUUGUACAUGUACCACUUCAUGGAAUAUAUAUUUUAAGUAUAUCCGAUGUUACUUAAUUGUUUAAGUUUGAAGUGCUUAGAACAGUUCUAUUAUGUUUGUAAGGAGUUUAUGUCCUGAAAUAAUAUAAAAGUUUAAUAUAUUUCCAUUUGUUAUAAAGAAUAGAGAGAUGUAUAAAUGUUUGUGUAAUAUUUGUCUAAAUACUUGCCUUUAUAUAUAUAAUUGGUUAGAGAAAGUUAUGACAAAAGUACACAUUCUAUUCUAUGUAUUUGCACAUUUUGUAACCAGAAUUAACUGUUGGCCAAAAGAAUCUGUCUGUAGCCAUUUUUUAUGUAUUAGAAUUAGAAUAAAAGGGUGGGAUAUAAUUUUUUUUGUUAAAGGGACACCACUGAGGUUUUUGAAGUGACAGGACUGGAAUUACUGUUUUUGAGAUCAAUAUUCCUUUUGAUGUAGAUCAAAACCAAAAACUUAUGUGCAAAAUUUCAGAAUAUUUACUCGCUCUGUUUUUUCCAGAAUGAUUAUUUUUAUUAUGAAAAAUGACCCAAAAUUGAAAAGCAUUGCAAUGUUUUUCACUUAAAUUGGGCUUAGAAAAACACAACAAUACAAUUUUCAUUUUAUUUUUUAGUAUUUUUCUUAUUAACUUUUGCAUUUCUGUCUGUUUUAAGUACCCCAGCUGAUCUGUGUAAGAAAUUGAAAUUUUAUGCUUUUAUGCUUUUGAACCUCAGUGGAGUACCUUUAAGAACAUUUGGGUUAAAAAAAUAGUUUGAACUCCUGAAACAUAUGUAUAUGAUGUUGUAAAAUUUUAGGGAUAUGGAAAUAGGAGCAUUCUGAAUGUUGAAACAAACAGUUUCUUUUUGCCUUAAAGUUAAAUUUCAAAAUAUUUUGAACAUGUAUUUUAUUUUAUUUUUUCUCUAUUUUCAUACACAUUUUUAUAAUAUUUUUUCCUAUUUUUUUAUACAAUUUACUCUCAUAAUUGUAUGAUAUAUGUUUACUGAACUGUUUUGUUAACAUGUUAUGACAUACUUUUAAAGAAGUACACUUUUAGUUAAAAUCUUCAAAAAUCAAAUUGAAGAAAAAUAUAUGUAUAGCCUAGAAAAAAAAUAUCUAAAUAUUCCAAAAUCUAUUAUGAUUCUACCUUUUACUGACAGAGUUAGGUUUUUCUUGCAAGAAAUUCGUCUAAUUUCUUAGGGUAGUCAGUGCAUUGGGCUAUAUUAAAAUACUUCAAUUGUACAAAAUUUUACAUAUGAGGACAAUUUUCAUAAAGUUCCAUUGAAAUUAACAGAAAUAUGGAAGCGAGCUCCUUAAAAAGUACAGAUGUGACACUUUGGUAUUCUAUUUAGGCUCUUGAAGUCUUUAUUUUAUUUCAUAAGGUCUUACAACUCCAUUUAAGUGCAGAAAAGUGAAUAUGAUGCUUUUGAUUUUUGGAAACCAAAAUUGGUAUGCUUGCCACUAAUAUUUUGUCAGCACUGCCUAAAAUCAGUUAAAUAGUUAAAAAAUGUUUUAUUGUUAUUUUCUGUAGCCUAUGGUGUAAUAUAGAUUCAUUAUAUAGGAUACUCACAUUUUCCGUCUCUCAGAUUGUUAGGCGAUUACCUCUAUGCUAAUAAAAUUAAUCUUAAUUA